UUAUAAUCGAGUCAUGUUUUGUACCUCCCCUCGGUAUCUUUUUCCUCUUCCGCGUUUCACAUCCAUAUGACUACCCCAUCUCAAGUCGUUGCUGUGUUUGUCUUGACUCGACAUGGCGACCGUACAGCAAAUUAUGGCAAUCCAUGGAACUUUACUGAAGCUGCAGAUGAACUCACACCCCUUGGGAAAACCAUGCUCUACAAUCAAGGGCAAUUCAUUCACUCUGUCUACUUUGACGCAGCAUCUACCACCAUGAUCAAGAACAUUUCAUCCAUCUACACCAUGUCGCAGGUGACGACGUUAGCGUCAGAUAAUGAGGUGAUUCUCGCCUCGGCCACCGCAUUCCUUCAAGGCGUGUACCCUCCAACUGCGACCUCCACUGAUCCCUCCAUGAAUUCCACGCUAGCAAAUGGUACAGCUUACUAUCCACCCUUAGGAGGCUAUCAGUAUAUCCCGAUAAACACAAUGCCUGACAGCAGCGACAUUGUUCUGGAUGGUUGGGUGGAUUGUACAGCAAUGAAAAACGGGUUUGCCAGCUUCCAGAAAAGCCAGACGUGGCAGGACAAGGUAACGGAAACACAGUCAUUUUUUACCAAUUUGGCUCCGCUCCUCGGCGGUCGGCCAAGUAGUCUGGCCAAUGUGUACUCUAUUUAUGACUACCUCAAUUAUCAAUACACCUAUAAUUCAACACUUGCGCAAUCCCUCGGUGUUGACAAUUACCUGUACCUCAAGUCGUUGGCUAAUUGGUAUGAAUACAACACCUAUGGGGGUAACUACGAUAGCAUUAAUACCAUUGCUGGCGCUACGUUUGCUUCCCAACUCUACAACGACAUUAACACCACCAUCACAAGCUCAACCAAGUCACCUAAAUUCACUUACUACGCAGAUGGUUUUCAAACGUUCAUCUCCUUCUUUGACUUAUACAAUCUAACCGACAGCAACCCCGAAUUCCAAUCUAUCACAGAGUUUGGAUCUGCUUUGGUAUUCGAGGUAUCCACUCAGGCAGCUGAGUCGGUUCAAUUUUCAGACUAUACGGUUCGGAUGCUAUACAAGAACGGUACAGAUCAAGGUUCAGCAUUGGUGCCUUACGGGCUUUUUGGUCUGAACAGUGGGGGGAUGCCAUUGGACCAAUUUAUGGAGAACAUUAGUGCUCGAUCGGUGAACAAUCUGACAGCCUGGUGCUCUCAGUGCGGCAACAGCUUUUCUAGAGGAUGUCAAAACUUGGUGACUACUUCAUGUCCUUCUGAUCGAGUUUCUCCCGUUGGUGCUGGAUUCAUUGGUGCGGUAGUUGCCCUGGUGGCCGGUUCUAUUGGAGCUUUACUUUUCAUUCUAUCCCGACGCCGAAGUGCCCGAAACAUGGAGUCCAGCAGAGCCCUCAAGAUGAACAGAAUCUAACGCAACAAAGCGCGGUAGAAAAGUGCUGUUGACCGAUUUUCGUAAUCCGACCUAGGACAAGUUUCUCCAUCCUACUCUAGUGACCGCAACCUGAGCCAACUUAAUUUUUUUUUCUUUCCAUAUAAUCGCUAUAGCGUAGCAUAUCAAUACAAUUUUAU